AAGUCGCUUUUUGUGUGCUGGCAAUAUUGGCAUUCAUCAAGUUGAUGUGAUGUGACGCCCGUAAUCGAUACAGACAAGAAUUUUUAAGCUCGUAUUUUUGCUUAAUAAAGAAAAAGAGACACUAGUGAUAAAGAAACCGGUGAAAUUUGAUUACACUUUUUGCGGCGGCACACUUGUGAAUGAGGUAAAUUCCAGAAAUCAAGAGAAGAAGAAGAGCAAGACCAAUAACUCUAUUGUUGUGCUGUAUUUUUUAAAAUAAAGAUAAUAGUGCCAAAAACUUCAAAUUAAACGUUAAAAGAGUGUGUUUGUGUGUAUGGAAAUUGAAACUCAACAGACCCAAAAAGCCGCAAAGAAUAACACAAUAGCAACAACAAGUUGAAGAAAGACAAGGCCCUAUUCGAGCAGAGAGAUUCAAGAGAGUGCACUCUUAUUAAUUACUGACAGCACAACAGAAGAAUUUCCUUUGUUGAACAAAAAUCGAGUGAGAGCGAGAGCAGAGAUAGGGGAGCCGAGCCAGCCAACAACACAUACAUCUCUCAUCUUCAUGCAAACCAAACCAGAGACAACAGCGGCUACAGCAGCAACAAAAAGUUAAAUAAUCAUCAUCUGAAAUAAAGUCUGAAUAAGAAACGAGCAAAGAAAAGAAAGUAAAACACAAAGAAAAAAACUAAUAAUAAUAAGAAAUCAAAUUAAGCAAAUUUACUACUUGGAUUUAUUUUACAUUAAAUAUUAACAACAAAUAGUCGAUAAAGCAAAACUGUAAGCAAUCUUUGUUUAAAACAAACAACGCCUAUAAAACAACAAACAGCAAGCUGCGAGCAAACCCACUAAUACGACGACGAUAACACACAAAAUAAAUUAAUAGAAGUCAGCGUGCAUUGCAGAGACUACGAAAAAUAUCUUCCAGAACUUUUGUUUCCCAAAAAAGGGGAGUAUUGCAUGUUAACCUUUAACCAGUCCGGUCAACUAGCUGCAAACAAAUUCCCCCCCUUCAGCCACUUAACGAGCACGAGAUAAUAAAUCGUAGGAAUUCGCCUUAUUUACAAUUGCUGCGAGAGCAACAACAAUCAUAGCUAAAGUGAAACUAUCUUUAUUGCACACUCUUGACUGACCACGAUCACCAGCCGGCCAGCCAGCCAGCCAAACCAACCAACUAGAGCAGCCCACCAGAAGCAGCACACAAAUCAAAAUGCGUGAAUACAAAAUUGUCGUCUUGGGCAGUGGUGGUGUAGGUAAAUCCGCCCUAACCGUGCAAUUCGUACAAGGCAUAUUUGUUGAGAAAUACGAUCCCACCAUUGAGGACAGUUAUCGCAAACAGGUGGAAGUCGAUGGGCAACAAUGCAUGCUGGAGAUAUUGGAUACGGCGGGUACAGAGCAAUUUACCGCCAUGCGUGAUCUGUACAUGAAAAACGGCCAGGGUUUCGUCUUAGUCUAUUCCAUAACAGCACAAUCCACCUUCAAUGAUCUGCAAGAUUUGAGGGAACAAAUUCUGCGCGUCAAGGACACAGACGAUGUACCCAUGGUCCUAGUGGGCAACAAAUGCGAUUUAGAAGAAGAACGUGUGGUGGGCAAAGAGCUGGGCAAAUCGUUGGCCACUCAAUUCAACUGCGCCUUCAUGGAAACAUCUGCCAAAGCUAAAGUGAAUGUUGUGGAUAUCUUCUAUGACCUCGUCAGACAGAUAAACAAAAAGUCACCCGAAAAGAAACAGAAAAAGCCCAAGAAAAAUCUAUGUGUUCUGCUGUAAGACUAUCCAUGCAUAGACUCUGACUCUGUGCACAUCCGCAUGUGUAAGCAUAAUUACAAAUCAAACAAACAAAAACACAGGCAAACACAAAAAUUCCCCUCGAAAACAAAACAAAAGACCUCCAGGACAUGUUUCCCCCCUUUUCUUUUUUUCCAUGCAACCAAAACUUUCCACUAUCAACACUCUUUCCAGCAACAACAACCUAUACACACCCCAGUAUAAUAAUAAUAAUAAUAAAACAAAAAAAUAAAUGAACAAGAAAAAACGCAAGCAACAAAACUAAACUUUUUUAAA